AUGUGUCUCGUCCGCGUCAAAGAAACAGAAGAGCACGUCGUCCCUUACCGCGUCGUCGACCGCCACAACUCGCGGCGCCGCACCUCCCACCAGUCGCAGCGCCGCUACUCGCGCACCGAAAUCGUGCACCAGGAAUCCCCCCGCCCAUCAGCAUCCUACGUCGCCGUUCCAGCUCCCAAACCCCUCCCGAUUCCUGCUCCCCAACCCGUCCCCGUCUUUGUCCAACCGCCCCCCGCGCCCAUUCCCGCGCCUGCACCGCCCCCGCCGCCAUCGUCGCACCACGGCGCCGCGCACUACGUUGAAGUCUCGCCGCGCAGCUCCAUCUCGUCGCGCUCGAGCUCGCCGCCGCGCUCGGAAUACGUGUACCGUGAGAGGGAGAUUAGGAGGGAGAGGGAGACGGGGCCGCAGUAUGAUCAUUACAGAUAUGUGGAGCCGCAGAGGAGCGAGAGUGAGGUGGGGUAUGCGCGCAGUCGGAGCAGACAGAGGAGUAUGAGUCGUGGCGGCUAUGAGGAUCCGAGGGGCAGUUUUAGGGAGGAGAGGACGAGGAUUGUUAUUGAGGAUGAGAGGGGUGGGGGUGGGAGGAGGAGGGAUUAUAGGUAG